AUGUGGUGGAAUAAUAAUUCUUCAAUAAAUAAAAGGCAAUUGGAGACCGUAUAUACCCCAAAUUGGAUGGUGCUCAGUAUGCCAAUCUGUUUUCUGGUGGGUGCUUCUUAUUUUAUUGGGGUUUUUAGCGGCUUGUGGGUUCGAACCCGCGUAAGACGCGUGAUGGGGGCUGGGCAACGUUGUUUGAAUCAUAGGUUCCACAAUCCAGCGUGGUUGGAACCAAACAAUUUUCGUGGGUCCAGAAUAUCUUUCAAAACUACAAAUGCCAUAAAUGACAUGGCUGUUUUGAAAAGAGAGGACACGCUUCAGUUAAUAUCACGUAGUAACUAUGCACUGUUGUACGACAAAAAUCUAAAAAUGGCUUUGUGGUGUGGCUUCUAUUUGACUUCGGGAAUGGUUAAAGUGGCGCGUCACAAACAUAAAGCACAUGCCUUUUAUACUGACAGGACAUUACCGAGGGAAAUUCAGGUAAAACCAAUGCAACUACAACGGCAUGCAUAUGAUAAAGGGCAUAUGGCCCCACUUGCAUCUGUGGCAACGUGCGUUACUACUAGUUUUGAGGCUUCUUUGGCUUCCAACUUUGUUUUACAACACAAGUCUCUUAACCGAGGUAUAUGGAAAAGAUUAGAACGAAUUUCACGAUGUUAUGUAGAAGGCGAUGGGUUCUCAACUUUGGACGAGCUAUUUGUUGCGAAUCAAUAUGAUGGAAAUUUAAGUCCAUUGAAAAGAAGGAAAGGUUGGGUUUUUUCUAGAUGUCUGGCCGUAUCAACAGGUGUUCUAUUUAGAAAGGAAAAAAAUUCCUUGGAUUGCGUUUUUCAGGGAAACAAAUCAAUUGUUCCUAUUCCAGAUGAAUUGUAUAUGGCCUUAUGGGAUGUACAUUCUCAUCAACAUAUCGCCUUUAUUAUACCCAAUGAUGAAACUGCCGCUGUAAAAUCGGUUAGAACAAAGCAUUUGAAUGAAGGGAAAAAAAGUCGGCAAUUUAUUUCGAUGAGGAAAGCCAAAAUUCAAAAGUUGGCUCCGAUGAUAAAGCGUAUUCAAAAUCCUUUUGAAAAAAUUGAACUUUCUGACAUAAAUCGCUUUCGCGUAACGCUAAAAGAGCUUGAGGAUCGCAUAGCUUUGUCGGAGAGUGUUAUUGCGGAAAAGGUUCUUUCUACAUCUCUUGCUGUGCGCGGAACGGGAACCAUCAAUAAUACAAAGCAUUCGAAGAGACAUGAAUGCAUUCUAGAGUAUCAAACGCUGCCUGUAGAGCUUUUUCCUCUUCAAAAGAGAAGACGUGCUUGUAAGGUAUCUUUUACUCGAGCAUUUUGGGGGGUUUUACCGCGCGAGCAUAAGUCAACUAUCUUUCGCGAGAAAAUUAUUUGUUUACAUAAAUGUAAUGAAUAA